UUAAUAAUAAUUGUAGAAAGUUAGCCCCUCUUCUUCACCAGUUAAAGGCCCUCCAAAAUUUAGGGCGGAGAUAAAUAAAAUAAAAAAUAAAAAGCAAAAGAUUCCAAAAAAAAUUUCUUGUAGAAGGGACCAGAAAAUAAUGGAGAAGAAGAGCCAAAACUAGGGUUUCGGCCACCUUUCGAUCAAUGGCGAACGCUUGCUCAGCUCCAGCAGCUCCUCUCUCUUCGACACCGUUGAAGUUCUCGUCGCUGUUGGAGGCCAAUUCCUAUCGCCUCAAGGCAAUCGUUGAGCGCCUAACCUACAUCAUGAACGCGAGAAGCGGAUCCAUUCGCUUUGACUCCGCUGAGUUCUUCAAUCUCUUCGUCGCCCUCGCUAGAGGGGUUGACUAUGCACUUACACUAAAUGAUGCUCCAACAGUCGCUAAUCGUUUGCCUUCAUUAAUUAAAAAGGCAUACGAGCGGAAACAUGAGAAGUCUCUUCAACCAGCUAUUUUAAUGCUAAUGAUUUCUGUCAAGAAUGCUUGCAGAAAUGGAUGGUUUACCUCUGCAGUUACUGAUGAGCUUCUUGCAAUGGCAAAUGAGCUUUCCAGCAGCUUUUGUAUGGCAUUGAAUUUCAAUCCUGGUGCAAGCAAUUCUCUGGAUGUUAUAUCGGUUGUUGUUUCUAGGUUUUAUCCUCAAUACAAAAUGGGCAGCUUGAUUUUUUCUUUGGAAGCAAAGCCUGGCUAUGAGAUUCUGAUGUCUGAUUUCCAGAUUGCAAGGAAUUUACCUUCAGAACAGAAGAUAACGUUGCUUGUAGUAUGUGCCGACAAUUUGGAGACAUCUUCUUGUCUUAUAAGCCCACCACAAGCGAGUUUUUUGGUAAAUGGAAAAGGCGUGCAGAGGAGAAACAACGUUUCACUGGUUUCUGUGUUUCCUGACAGUGGACCUCAGUUUCCAACUGAUCUAAGUAAAAUGCUUAAAUUUGGAACAAACAUUAUUCAAGCAAUUGGACAUUUCACUGGUACAUAUUUAAUAGCAUUAGCUUUUAUGAGCCGAAUAGUUCUCUCUAGUACUCCAAUACUGAAAGAUUAUGUCCCACCAGUUAUUGCUGCAGUCAGCACAGAUUCUGAGAUAAUUGAAGGAGCAUCAAGAAUAACACUUAAUUGUCCAAUCAGCUUUAGACGUAUAAAAACUCCUGUUAAAGGUCAUCUCUGCAAACACCAUCAGUGCUUUGAUUAUGAUAAUUUCUUGGAGAUGAACUCAAGGAAGCCAGUCUGGCGCUGCCCAUGCUGCAAUCAGUCUGUUAGCUUCAUGGACCUGUGUAUUGACCAAAAUAUGGUUAAGAUACUAAAAGAGGUGGGUGAAGAUGUUAUUGAUGUAGUUAUCUCUGCUGAUGGCUCAUGGAAGCUUGCGCAACAUAAUGGAAAUAAGGAUCAGAUGCACAAGGAAAACCUACCAGGACACAGAGACUGCGACAUGGAGCUUGUAUCUUCUAGAUCUGCAAACAUAGAAACAGUCGAUGUUGAUUUAACAAUGGGAGAAGAUGACCAAUGUGAGAACCAUGCACGUGAGAUGCAAGAAACAAAACCAUUCGAGGACAUUCAUCAUCUUCUAUCUCAUUACUUGUUUGCUAAUACUGCAUCCAGUGGAUCACUACCUCCUGCUACGCAAGAUGUUUCUGCAGUUGGAACAUCUGAGGCGGCUCUAUCUGCUGUUCAAGUUAACCCUGUUAUGACAGAUGCCGUUUCUCCUGCACAUGGAGAACCUCCGGCCAGCCUUCAAGAUUCUCAACCAAAUUUCUCUCUUCAGCAAAUGUCAGAAGAUAGACAACUUGCAGAAAAUAUGCAGUUACAACCGCACUUUGGAUAUUCAACAAUCAACCGGGUCAACAGAACCCCUGUUGCAGUUCAAGCUCUUCCUGUACAGUUACAGCCAUCUAAUUCAUUUAAAAGGAUGCGGAUAAAUGGACCCAGUUUUGCUACCUUGGACACAGGUGAUCCAUCAUCUCCCACACAUCAAACUUCUACUCUAGUGACAGCAACCUCAGAUGGAAGCAAUACAGCAAGCCAUGACGCGGAAAUACGACAUUUAUUGAUUUCACACCUAUCAUUGACCCAGGGUAAGGAUCAGCAGACCUCCCAGCAGAUUCAGAGCCUAAGGAUGCAACAUGGGGUCAGCCAACCAGCACCAAACCCAUUAAGCACAAGGACAGCAUCAAGCCUACAUAGAGUAGGAGCCUACAGAGACUCUCCAGUUUCCACGUCAAGCGAUCAAUAUUCCAACCGUAAUUUAUCAAACCUAAGAAGUUUGAUCAUGUCCAAUGGAUUUGGAUCCAAUCCAACACUGCCCUUGGGGGCAGCUAGAGAAUUAGCCAGGAAAAUAGCACAACAAAAGCUUCACCCAGGAGCAAGUAAUCCUCAAGCAUCAAGAGUUGGUGCAUCGAGUACAACACAGGCAGGUAAUCAAUCGUUGGGUAUCAUAGCAGAUCGACCACGUGAUAAUGAUUGGAGGCCGACAGGAAAAAUGAGGGGGAGUUUAACUGGUAGUGCUUACUCUGCUGCACUUAAUAAAUAUGCAACGCCAAUGGGUCAGGGAAACAAAGAUCCUGGUAGUGAACCAGGAGGGCCAAAUACUUGAUGUGGAUGACACUCUGAAUGCAGAUUUUAUUUGUUAUUGGAAUCUGUUCUAUGAGUAUUUCAUGGGUCACAAGUGUAACAAUGUAAAUAUGCAGUUCUUUUUAUUUGUAUAAUGCAACCCUUCAAGUCAUUUUUUCCGUAAGUUGCCACUGGUUCUGUGGCUCCUCCUUGUAACUUAAUUAUGUUAUAUAUUGAUUGUCUUUAUGGUUCUACUUUGAUGCACACGUACCGGGAUGAUGAUAUUCGAAUUUGACCGUCUUCUUA